CAUCAUUUUUUGAUCCAGCAGGAGGGGGGGAUCCAAUUCUUUAUCAACAUUUAUUUUGAUUUUUUUGGGCACCCUGAAGUUUAUAUUCUUAUUCUUCCAGGAUUUGGAAUAAUUUCACAUAUUAUUACCCAAGAAAGAAAAAAAGAAACAUUUGGAUCAUUAGGAAUGAUUUAUGCUAUAAUAGCAAUUGGGUUAUUAGGAUUCAUUGUAUGAGCUCAUCAUAUAUUUACAGUAGGAAUAGAUAUUGAUACUCGAGCCUAUUUUACUACAGCAACAAUAAUUAUUGCUAUUCCUACAGGAAUUAAAAUUUUUAGUUGAUUAGCAACUCUUUAUGGAACUCAAAUUAAUUAUAGACCAUCUAUAUUAUGAAGAUUAGGAUUUGUUUUUUUAUUUACUAUUGGGGGAUUAACAGGAGUAAUUUUAGCUAACUCAUCCAUUGAUGUUAUUCUCCAUGAUACUUAUUAUGUUGUAGCCCACUUUCACUAUGUACUUUCAAUAGGAGCUGUAUUUGCAAUUUUUGGAGGAUUCAUUCAUUGAUAUCCUCUUUUCACAGGAUUAAUUCUUAAUCCUUUUUUACUUAAAAUUCAAUUUAUUAUUAUAUUUAUUGGAGUAAAUUUAACAUUUUUUCCUCAACAUUUUUUAGGAUUAGCUGGAAUACCUCGUCGUUACUCUGAUUAUCCUGAUUAUUAUUUAUCAUGAAAUAUUAUUUCUUCUAUUGGAUCUUAUAUUUCAUUAUUAGGAACUAUUUUUAUAAUUAUAAUUAUUUGAGAAUCUAUAAUUAAUCAACGAAUUGUAAUUUUUUCCUUAAAUAUGCCUUCUUCUAUUGAAUGAUUCCAAAAUUUACCUCCAGCAGAACAUUCAUAUAAUGAACUUCCAAUUAUAAGAAAUUUCUAAUAUGGCAGAUUAUAUGUAAUGGAUUUAAACCCCAUUUAUAAAGGUUUUCCUUUUUUUAGAAAUGGCAACCUGAUCUAAUUUUAAUUUACAAAAUAGAGCUUCCCCUUUAAUAGAACAAAUAAUUUUUUUUCAUGACCAUACUUUAAUUAUUUUAAUUAUAAUUACUAUUUUAGUUAUAUAUUUAAUAAUAAAUUUAUUUUUUAAUAAAUUUAUUAAUCGAUUUUUAAUAGAAGGACAAAUAAUUGAAUUAAUUUGAACUAUUUUACCAGCAAUUACAUUAAUUUUUAUUGCUCUUCCUUCUCUUCGAUUAUUAUACCUAAUAGAUGAUUUAAAUAAUCCAUUAAUUACUUUAAAAUCAAUUGGACAUCAAUGAUACUGAAGUUAUGAAUAUUCAGAUUUUAAUAAUAUUGAAUUUGAUUCUUAUAUAACUAAUGAUUAUAAAUUAAAUAAAUUUCGCCUUUUAGAUGUUGAUAAUCGAAUUAUUAUCCCAAUAAAUAAUCAAAUUCGAAUUUUAGUUACAGCUACAGAUGUUAUUCAUUCUUGAACUAUUCCUUCUUUAGGUGUAAAAGUAGAUGCUAAUCCUGGACGACUAAAUCAAACUAAUUUUUUUAUUAGUCGUCCAGGAAUUUUUUUUGGUCAAUGUUCAGAAAUUUGUGGAGCAAAUCAUAGUUUUAUACCAAUUGUUAUUGAAAGUGUAAAUAUAAAUAACUUUAUUAACUGAAUUAAUAAUUAUUCUU